AUGUGGAUUCAGUACAUAUAUCCACAUUCUUCGAAGAAAUAUGCCCCCUCGGAGUUUGGAGAGCAAACUGACUUAAAUUGGAGGUUCAUGUCUACUGGAGAUCAGUAUGUAUACUGUAUUGUUGAAAAACAAACGGGAUACUCUCCAUUCGUGCUUCAGAACAAGCUUCUUGUUUUUGACCUAUGGAGUGGGACACGAAGCUACUAUAAAAGCUCUACAUCACCCGAUCUAGCGGAAUUCUAUGAGACAGGAGAAAACUACGGGAUUGCGGUAAUGGACGACGGAACGGACAUUUCGUUCCACCCUGUUACUAUCGACCAUGCACACCACAAAAUCGACAUAGGACAAUCACAAUUGUCUUUGGGGAAGUCUCCUAGUGCUACUGGAAUCCAUCGAGGUAGCUUUGGAUUCAGUACACGCAGUGCGAAAGGUGUGACCAUGGUAAUUCCAUAUGAUGGCGGAAUAAGUGUGAUUGAGAUGGAUGCAAAAUGCAAUGUCAAGAAAACAGUGGUUACUAAUGAGCGCUCCACCACAGAUAUCGAAUGCGACAGUGGGCCUUGGUCGCGCAGUGAGCCUUGGCAAGAGGGUCGAAUGCUUUACUGCUUCCACUCGGUGGCUGAUGAAUUCGAAGAAGACGAAUUUUCUGGCCUUAUCGUUUCUGCCAAUCUGGAUACCUCUGAAAUUUCCUGGGUUUCUCCAGCAGAAGAUCAUCCCAAUUCUUUUUUCGACGAUCCAAACCAUCCCGUAUGUCUGGUACGAACAGUCCAUCGCAGUGGCAGACUAUGGGUGACGACGGAGAAGUCCAUUGAGAAUUCUGUGAAGAUUUACGUCAAGGAUGAUAAUAAAUGGCACGAGUUGCAGCACCAUAUCACGGACACAAUGUUCUUGGUUGAUGUUCGAAAGGAUGGUAAUGCACUUGUAUUGAAUGUGGAAAAACAUCCCGAAGGACAUUUUCAGGAGGACUAUGUAUCAUUUGCAGUAAUGAAUAGAUGGUGAGU